CCAUUGAAAAAAAUAUUUCAGAAGUAUGGAAAAAUGGCAAAUAGCUGUCUUUUCUCUAAUCAAAGCACAGUGAAGUAAUAGAUAGAUUUCUAAUGAAAAUGAAAGCGCACUUGAUUAGUAGGCGCAAACUUGCCGCGCUGCUCUGUACACUGACCUUGUUUACAUUGAUCGUCUUCCUCAGCGGACAGUUUGGUUUGUCAGCUGAUACAGAUGAACCGCAGUAUAAUGCCAGAGGGAUACCGAACGAGGAUAAUUAUUUGAAAACCAAAAGAAGAACAAAAGAGGUAUUCGACUGGAAUCAGCUGGAGAUUGUUCCAGAAGAAUCUAGAAAUAAGGGACGGUUCAUUCCUCCCAAGAGAGUUGUUCAUUUAGAUCUAAAGGGGGCUCCUCCAAAGAUUAGUUAUUUACUUCAACUUCUUCCAAUGAUAAAAAAGGCGGGAGGGACUGAUAUAUUGAUUGAAUAUGAAGAUAUGUUCCCACAUUGGGGACCCCUGGCUAAUCUUUCAGCUUUAAAUGCAUAUUCAAGGAAGGAUGUAGCAGAACUUCUCUCUGAAGCAGAUAAACAAGGUUUGGGAGUCAUUCCACUUGUACAAACCUUCGGUCAUCUAGAAUUCGCGCUAAAACUUGAAGAAUUUCAGACAAAGCUAUCAGGUUUACCAGUUGGGCCAAUGCUCUGUAUAUUCAGGUUUACCAGUUGGGCCAAUGUUGUGUAUAUUCAGGUUUACCAGUUGGGCCAAUGCUCCAGAUGUAUUGAAAGACUGGAGAAGGCAAAUGCUGAAAGCACAGGAAGCACAUACUAUGACGGAAGAUACCUGUUUCUUCAACAUGUAAGAAGAUUGGGAGAGAUGGUUCGAGGCCUAAACAAAGUUCCAAUAAUUUGGGAUGAUAUGUUGAGAAAUAUGGAUAAAUCUAAUCUAAAAGAAUCCGGGAUUGGGGAGCUGGUGGAACCAAUGGUUUGGGUUUAUGUUGAGGAUAUUGACAGGUUUGUGGAUAAUACAGUGUGGAGAACAUACUCUGCAGUGUUUGGUGGAGUGUGGGUAGCCAGUGCGUACAAGGGCGCUUUCGGUGAACGAUUAUAUGUGGUUAAUAUGUUCCGACACUUACAAAACCAUCUUUCAUGGCUCGAUGUUAUGUACAGAUCCAAUAUGUCGUUCGAUGUACAUAUAUACUUAGUCUUUCUAUUUAUGCACUGUACUCACUGUACUGUACUGUACUGUACUGCAGGUUGGUCCAGGUACGAUCAUUUUGCAGUACAGUGUGAACUCCUUCCAGUAGCUGUACCAAGUCUUGUACUCAGUCUUGCAGUUGUUACCUCAGGAAAGGGAGAUAUUCACACAAUAAGAAAAGUUCAGGAAAUAUUAAAAUGUUCUCCGCAAAAGUCCUUGAUGUUGUAUGAUGAACUCCGACGUAACCCUAAUCAGUGGGAUCUUUACAGAUGUUCAUUCCCUGGUGUCAAGGCAUUUUCUCUCAUCUCAAACUACAAUACUCAGAGAGUAGAAGUGGAACAACUAUAUACCAGACUGAAGGAGAAGGAUGGAUGGAUGUCAGACUGGCAUGUUAGACACAAGUUUUCCUCUCCCUGGCGUGUAGAAGAAACCUUAAAAACAACAAAUUACCUACCUGGAAAUGUCAGAGAUUUAGAAAAACAAGCCAAGCGAACUCUUGGAUUAUACUUUGAUGAGUUUACAGUAAAGGAGUGGAUGGAACAACACUUACUACCACUCUCUGAAAAGCUUGCUGAAAUUAACAACAUGGCGGACAUUUUAACCAAACCAAACCAUUGGCCGCGCCGCCCCAUUUAGCAGAUUAAUUAGCCAAACCAAAUCAAUGUUGAUAAUAUGCACUUUUUGGUCUUAUUCAAGAAAAAACUGCCUCAUUUCAUAGCCUAAAUUAUUUCAACAAAAAUGAAAAUCAUAAGCUUAAACUUACGACAAAAAAAUUUCCGGACUGGACUCAAAAUAAUAAAAUAGAUAAAAAUUUAAAUUUCAUGUAAAUUUAUGCGAUGAACUAUGUACAAGAUGAGGAAGAACAUUCGUAUGCUCAUAUUGAGCAAUUUGGUCUUUCUUGUUAAAAUAAAAUAGAAUAAUUCCAGUGGCGGCUUUAUGGUGAGGGGGGAGGGGUAGGUGGACAUCCCCCCCUGGAAAGUGGGGGAGAAGUACUUAUAUCUGAAAUAAAGAGGUUGUUCGCCCACCUGCAACAUUUGGAGCUUUUAUUCGAUUUUUAAGAAAAAAUUAAAAUUUUAUAUUCCCCCUGUACACUUUAAUACGCCGCCCCUGAAAAGAAAGCUCUGCAUUAAUAAGGCCUGGGGUGGGGGCCCGUUACUAGGAUUUUCUAACACUUUAUUUCUGCCCCCCCCCCCAGUAAACUUCUUGCAAGGAUCUCUGAUUUUAAAAGGCUGUGUAACUUCCUCGCAGAAUGAUUUAUUUUUCUAUAAGGAAGUCUACAUGCAGUACACGAUAUACUAAAUGAAGUAAGUUGCACAAUAUUCCCAGUAAACAAAAGUUGCACAAUAUUCCCAGCAAACAUAAGUUGCACAAUAUUCCCAACAAACAUUAGUUGCACAAUAUUCCCAACAAACAUAAGUUUCACAAUAUCCCCAGUAAACAUAAGUUGCACAAUAUUCCCAGCAAACAUAAGUUGCACAAUAUUCCCAGCAAACAUAAGUUGCACAAUAUUCCCAGCAAACAUUAGUUGCACAAUAUUCCCAGCAAACAUAAGUUGCACAAUAAUCCCAGCAAACAUAGGUUGCACAAUAUUCCCAGCAAACAUAAGUUGCAUAAUAUUCCCAGCAAACAUAAGUUGCAAAAUAUUCCCAGCAAACAUUAGUUGCACAAUAUUCCCAGCAAACAUAAGUUGCACAAUAAUCCCAGCAAACAUAAGUUGCACAAUAUUCCCAGCAAACAUAAGUUGCACAAUAUUCCCAGUAAACAUAAGUUGCACAAUAUUCCCAGUACACAUAAGUUGCACAAUAUACCCAACAAACAUAAGUUGCACAAUAUUCCCAGUACACAAAGAAAAAGUUCAGCGUUAAGGCUGACGGAUCACUUGAUCAAUGACCCCUUCUUCAAUAGCUAGUUACGGGCCUUAUAAGAAAUUAAUAUAUUGAAUAUGUGAUAUUUUUAAAGCAUUUAUUUAUUCAAUUUUCCAAGAAAAUUGAUUGCAUUGUAUCUCCUAUUUAUGUUAAUAUGAAAAUAAUAAAGAUUUACUAAUUGAA